UUGUCAAAAUUACGUCAAAAUUGGCAACUGCUCAGAAGCGGCUUUUGUUUUUAUAUUUUGAUUCGAUUUAUCACUUAUUAUUAUAAACAAUGGACGGUGAUUUAUAUGACGAAUUCGGUAAUUAUAUUGGUCCUGACUUGGAGUCGGACUCUGACGAUGAACAAAGUGUAUACGGACAAGAUAACCGGGACGCCGACGAAGAUGCCAUGGAAGAAGAUGAGGAUGCUGAUGCCGAGCCUGAAACGGCGCCCAUGUCUGUUGUAUUACAUGAAGAUAAAAGGUAUUACCCUCAAGCAGUAGAGGUAUAUGGACCAGAUGUGGAGACUGUGGUGCAAGAGGAAGACACACAGGCCCUGGACAAGCCACUAGUAGAACCAGUUAAACAUAAGAAGUUCCAAGUCCAGGAACAACAGCUUCCCGAAACUAAAUAUGAUAUGGAAUAUUUGGCUGAUAUGCUUGAUAACACUAACUUGAUGAGGAACAUCACUUUGAUGGGUCAUUUGCAUAAUGGUAAAACUUCAUUUGUUGACUGCCUGAUACGGCAAACUCAUCCGGGGACUGUAAACAAUGAUACAACCAUACCCAUGCGCUACACUGACACUCUAUUUGUGGAGCAAGAACGUGGGGUCUCGAUAAAGGCAAUGCCAGUAACACUUCUGCUUAAAGAUAUCAAAGGCAAAUCACAUCUGUUAAAUAUUAUGGAUACACCAGGACAUGUCAAUUUCAGUGAUGAAGUCACAGCUGCCUUGAGGAUUUCUGAUGGUGCUGUACUGUUUGUUGACGCAGCAGAAGGUAUAAUGCUAAACACAGAAAGGCUCCUCCGACACGCGGUGCAAGAACGGGUCCCGCUUACUAUAUGCAUCAACAAGAUUGAUCGGUUGAUUUUAGAAUUAAAGUUACCACCCGCGGAUGCAUAUUAUAAGUUGAGACAUAUUAUAGAUGAGCUGAACUCCAUGCUGGAGACUAACCAGCCGCAGGAUAAUCCUGAUGAACCUGCCACUGUAUUCUCACCCUUAUUAGGGAACGUGUGCUUCGCGUCGUCGCUGUACGACGUGUGCUUCACGCUGGAGUCGUUCGCGGCGAUGUACGCGGCGGGCGCGAGCACCGCGCUGCGGGCGCGCGACAUGGCGGCGUGGCUGUGGGGCGACGUGUACUUCAACGCCAAGACGCGCCGCUUCACCAAGAAGCAGCCGCACGCCUCCGCGCAGCGCAGCUUCGUCGAGUUCAUACUCGAGCCGCUCUACAAGAUAUUUGCGCAGGUGGUGGGCGAUGUGGAUGACACGUUGCCAGCGGUGUUGUCAGAGCUGGGCAUCAAACUCACGAAGCAGGAGUCCAAGCUGAAUGUGCGCCCCCUACUGAGGCUCGUGUGCAGUAGAUUUUUUGGUGAUUUCUGCGGUUUCGUGGAAAUGGCGGUCCGCCACGUGCCGUCGCCGCUAGAGGCGGCGGGCCGUAAGGUGGCGCACGCGUACCGCGGGCUGGCGGGGCCGCUGCGGGACGACAUGCUCGCCUGCGACCAGGCCGGCCGGCUAGUCGCGCACACCACCAAGAUGUACCCCACUGACGACUGCACAUUCUUCUUGGUGCUAGCCCGUAUAAUGUCAGGCACGCUGUACGCCGGGCAGACGGUGCGCGUGCUGGGCGAGAACUACAGUAGCCAGGACGAGGAGGACUCGCGUGUCAUGAACGUCGGCCGCCUCUGGGUCUAUGAGGCCAGGUACAAGGUGGAACUGAACCGUGUGCCAGCCGGAUGCUGGGCGCUGAUCGAGGGUGUCGACCAGCCGAUAGUGAAGACGUGCACCCUGGUGUCGGCUGAUGAGACGGAGGAACUGCACACCUUCAAGCCACUGCGGUUCAACACGCAGGCGGUGGUCAAGAUCGCCGUGGAGCCGGUCAACCCGUCUGAGCUGCCGAAAAUGUUGGACGGACUUAGGAAGGUCAACAAGUCGUAUCCGUUGCUGUCGACGCGAGUCGAAGAGUCGGGCGAGCACGUCAUCCUCGGCACGGGCGAGCUCUACCUCGACUGCGUCAUGCACGACCUCAGGAAAAUGUACUCUGAAAUCGACAUCAAAGUGGCGGACCCGGUGGUCUCGUUCUGUGAGACGGUGGUGGAGACGUCCUCGUUGAAGUGUUUCGCGGAGACCCCGAACAAGCGCAACAAGCUGACGAUGAUCGCGGAGCCGCUAGAGCGCGGGCUCGCCGAGGACAUCGAGGCGGGCGCCGUCUGCGUCUCUUGGGACAGGAAGCGCCUCGGAGAGUUCUUCCAGACCAAAUACGAUUGGGACUUGCUAGCGGCGCGUUCGAUAUGGGCUUUCGGUCCGGACGCAACGGGCCCCAACAUUCUAGUCGACGACACGCUGCCCUCCGAGGUCAACAAACAUCUGCUAGCUUCUGUUAAGGACAGCAUAGUACAAGGGUUCCAAUGGGGCACUAGAGAAGGCCCGCUGUGUGAGGAACCGAUACGAAACGUGAAGUUCAAGAUAUUGGACGCUGUGAUUGCUCAGGAGCCGCUGCACAGAGGCGGCGGACAAAUUAUACCGACUGCUAGGAGGGUGGCGUACUCAGCCUUCCUGAUGGCUACGCCGAGGCUGAUGGAGCCUUACCUGUUUGUGGAGGUGCAAGCGCCCGCGGACUGUGUCUCCGCCGUAUACACCGUGCUCGCUAAAAGGAGAGGUCACGUGACCCAGGACGCACCGGUGGCCGGCUCGCCGCUGUAUACGAUCAAGGCGUUUGUGCCGGCCAUUGACUCGUUCGGCUUCGAGACUGACCUGCGCACGCACACGCAGGGCCAGGCCUUCUGCCUGCAAGUCUUUCACCACUGGCAGAUCGUGCCCGGCGAUCCGCUAGACAAGAGCAUUGUUAUCAGACCGUUAGAGCCGCAGCCUGCUACGCACCUAGCCCGCGAAUUCAUGAUCAAGACUCGCCGCCGGAAGGGGCUCAGCGAGGACGUCUCCAUUAACAAGUUCUUCGACGACCCUAUGUUGUUGGAGCUCGCCAGACAAGAUGUACAAUUAAAUUAACGUUUAAUUUUAAUUAUAUUUUAAUUUUA